CGGCACCCUUUCUCAUAUUACAACCACUCACGAGCAAUCUUCCUGUCUCACAAUCAUGGCGUGUAUCUCCCUGGUCAUUCUCUCGCUGUUGGCUUUUGCUAGUUCCACUCAAGGGAGAAAGAUCAGCUUCAAAGCUUGUGAGUCACCGGCCGGCAAGCUGGUCGAGCUCGACUUGGAACCUUGCGAAGAGGAGCCGUGCACUUUCCACAAGGGCAGUAACGAGACGUGCAAAGCGACGUUUGUUCCGAACGAACUGGUUUCGUCUGCUACUAUCGAAGUGUUUGGGAUUAUCGGCGGCGUGCAGGUCCCUUUUCCGCUAAAGAACCCAAACGUGUGCGAGAAUCACGGCGUGAAAUGCCCGAUAAAUGCAGGGGACUCGGCUACUUUGGAUUUGAACAUUUAUGUAUCGAAUCUCUACCCUUCUUUGAAGUUAAUAAUCAAGUUUGAGCUCAAAGGAGGAGACAACAAGUUGGUGUUUUGUGGGGAAUUCUCGGCGCAGAUCAAGUCUAAAGCGGACAAUGGAAAGAGGAGUAUCGAGGAAGGCAUUGUGGUGUUCUAGGAACUCGCCCGCUUUCCGCCCAGACACGACAGAUUUGUGUUGUUUUAGUUCUUAGAUAUUAGUUAAUCGAGUUUAAGUCGUGUAUUGCGUACAAGCUGGCUGUUAAAGGGGCACUUUCGAUUUGUAGCAAGGAAAUUUAAUAAAACAUGAAAGAUUUUUUUUAAAAACAACCAAAAACCUUCCUGCCUUCCUGUUAACUACAUCCUAGUGAAAAAAAUGAAUCUAUUUUGAUUGAAAUGAACCCGUUAAGAUUCAUGUGGAAUUCGUUACACUAACUUUUUGACGGCGGAUUGUUAGUAAACUGUUGCCCAUGUAAAAUAGAAGUUGUGUGACGUACAAAACAGUUAUACGCAUGCGUGGAUGAAUAAAGUGCUUCAUGAUAGAA